AAUUGAUCGAUCUUAUAAAGAAUGAAAUUAUAAAUGACCAAAUUCCAUUCCAUUAUCCGCUUCGUCAUUAUUUUUUACAUCUAUUCAAACAUGGCGGUAUUUGGUGGAACAAAUCUUUCAUCUGUUCAGUUACAGAUACAAAAUGCUUUUUCUAAACCACUGUUAUCAAGAAUUCAUGAAACUGAAAAUAUUAUUCGAACUACAAGUACAAAAGAAUUAAAGAAUGUAUUACCUAUGAUAGUGGAAGGUAUAUUUGGAUUUGGUACAGAGAUUGGUUGGGAUAUAGACAGAGUCAGCAAUAGAUAUUAUUCAGAAUUUGACAGUUUGCGCUAUUUUCUGUCUCCUGAUGGCCCUCUUUUAAAACUGAUCAACAGCUUACAGUUAGAGCCGUAUACUUAUGAGUUCAGCAUUAGCCAUCUUCCUAGUGGUACAAGACAGAUGAUAGAGGAGGGAAUUAUUCCAGCUUUUUAUGCCAACAAAAUACAACAACAGCCUCAUGGUUUUAUUCUAGCUUUAAGUGCGUUUGAAUUCUACAUGUUUCAUUUUGCCUAUGCCUUGGUCAACCCUAAAUUUACUAGAAGUACAUGGCAUGAUUUUUAUGAUUUUAUCUACCCUAGUCUAAUUGAUGACUAUUUGUCAUACUUUAUGCCAUUGGAUAAAAAACAUCUGCCAUCAAUGCCACACUCUCCUCCUCCAAUCAGAAGUCCUGUUUCUCAUUAUCACGUAUCUUCUAGUCAUGCACAGUCUCAUUCACCUCACUCAUCUCCAAGUGUUUCUCCACUUAAAUCACCUCGUGGUUUAUUUAAAUCAAGUUUUACAGUAGCCAAUCAGAAACAACAUACACCAUCGUCACCUGUUAUGGAUCAAAGUGAAGCUGAAACAUGGCGAUCAGAAACUAUGUUACAGGUUUGGUGUGAAUUUUGGUUGAAUCAGAAUACAGUCAGUAGUGAACGAGAGAGGUUUCCUAGAGGAACAGUGAUUUCAUCGUACGCACUGCAUAGUCUUAAUACAAGCCACGAUAGAGAUCCUUUCUAUUUUCUCUAUGAAAAUUUUGUACCAACAGCUAAUCAUGUAAAUGUAGUUCGUGUUCUAGUCAAAUAUAUACAUUAUUUUGUAAAUACGGCUUCACAACUACCAUAUCAAACUACAAAUAUAUCUGCAUUAGAUGAAUUUAAAAAGACAAUUAUACCACUGAUACUACAGAAGAAACUGUACACUUUCUUAAAACAUGCCUUCGAUCACUGGCCCCUAGAUUCCUCUUUUAAAAUGGUAUUAGAAAUCUGGUUAAGUUAUAUACAACCAUGGCGUUAUACAGAUCCUAAACAUGUUAUAAAUAAAGAUAGAAAUAGACCAGAACAAGAUAAUGAUAAAAAACUAGAUGAUAAAUGGUAUCCAUUUAUUGAGGAUAAUCUACUGUUUUAUUCAGUUUUAUUUCAAGAGUUUUUACCUCGAGUUUAUCGAAUAGAUUUAACAUCCUAUUCUAAUACACUUAUGUUAUAUAGAGUUACUAAGGUAUUUAGCAAAGCUAAUUUAUCAGUUCUUAUUGAAAGAGCUGAGAAGAAAAUGUGUGGAUCAUCUUUCCUGUCAACUAAAAAUCCAUAUUUAUCAAUGACGGCAGAUCUUGGUGCCAGUUAUCUAUCGAUGUCAGAUGGCAUGUCAUCAUUACCAUCACAACUAGUAGAAUUAGAAUCACCAGGUUUUCAAUACAUACCAUUAUUUGGAUACAGAACACAGAGCAUGUCCAAUGCUGUUCUAGACCAGAUGAUGGAUGCUAAAUUAGCUGCUACAAAACGACCAGAUAUAUUACAGAAAAAUAAAAAUAGAGGUUUCUUCUCUUGGUUAGCCAGUUUCUUUGCUGAAGAUGUGCCAUACGGCCAUACUAGUCCCGAAGAAAUUAAAAAACAACAAAUGUUAUUAAAUGCUUCUGUUAGAAAUAUUUGUACAGUGUUUAAGAUGCCAGUACCAUUAGAAGCACAAGAUCAAGCAAUGCCAACAGAUAUGUCAAAUCAUGAUAGUUCUAUAAUAGGUGAAUCUACAGUACCAGAUCAUAUAGACACAGAAACGGGUCCAGAAUUAACACCACUUGGAAGAUAUCAGGUGGCUAACGGUUUGAAGAAAUUUGAUGUACUAUACUAUGGAGAUCCUGAUCUUGAACCAAUCAAAAGUUACGAGAAUGCGGCCUUGGUUCGCUUCUUUUAUUAUUUCUGUGAAAUUAUUAAUACAAAGUUUGCGGAAGAUAUCAACAUUUUAUACAAUCGUACAGAUUUUCUGGGUCGUAUGAUACAGACAUAUAUAUCGCCACCAUUAUCGCAACAAGACGUCAUUUUGUCACCAGUGUCGAAAGUCAAAGCUGAACAUCUUCGACAACCUAGACUUAGUUUACGUUUUCUAGCGGCAUAUAAGAACUUGAUUUAUUUAGGAAUAUUAUAUUUAGUGAUGAACUUAUGGUUUGGACUUGGACCAUUAAGUUUUGUGGUGCUAUUAUUAUUUGGAGCUGUAUUCUAUGCAGCUUUUAAUGCCCUAGUGAAACCAAGACACAAAAAGCUACAUUAACCCUUUUGCUUCCAUCUCCCUGAAUUUUUAGUGGACUUGGACCCGUAGGUUUUGUGGUUCUAUUAUUAUUUGGAGCUGUACACUAUGCGGCUUUUAAUGCCUUAGUAAAACCAAGACAUAGAAAGGUGCAUUAACCCUUUGGGUCCUGAUUUGCUUCCAUCUCCCUGAAUUUUAAUUGGAAUUAGACCAUUAGGUUUUGUGGUUAUAUUAUUACUUGGAGCUGUCUUCUAUGUUGCUUUUAAAGCUCUAGUGAAACCAAAACAUAGAAAGGAAUAUGAAUCCAUGGGUCCUGAUUUGCUUCCAUCUCCCUAAAUGUUAUUAAAACACUUCUCAUCAACAAGUGGUUAUAAUAGUAAAUAAUGACAAUGUAAAUAUAUAAACAGUGACCAAAGUGUUUAGUGGAUCUACUUCCUAUUCAAAGUUUCAACGUGUGGGUGAAGACCUUUGCGUGGUCAUGCUGCAGAAAUCUGUGCCUGUGACAGCUUUUGUGUAAGGUACAAUUUUAUGAAUUGAUAGUAAAGAAAUCUGAUAUCAUAAACAUUUUUGAGUCUGGAACCUAAAGGGUUAAGUUAGUGUGUGUAUAUGUUAUGACCAGAUGUAUAAUAUAUGAUGACAGAUUUGGAUGUUUAAGGAAGUUUGUGAUAUAUGUAUAUAAUCAUGUUCAUAAAAAUGUUCCACACAUCUAAAAUGUUGAGUAACAUGAACCUGAAGGCCAGCCAUUUUUCUUGUCCUACAUAGCAAGAUUAAUUUACCUGUUAUAAUUGUCAUGUAAAACUAUGACUUGGAGUUGUUUGCUACUCAUUUAUGAUUUUGUUCAAAUGUGCGUAGAUCAUUAUUCAUUGAAUGCAGGUAUCCAGAUGAUAUCACUCUGGACAACUAUCAUAUGAUAUCACUCUGGAUAAAUAUCAGAUAAUAUUACUCUGGAUAGAUAUUAAAUGAUUUCACCCUGGUUAAAUAUCAAAUGAUACACCCUAGAUAACUAUCAAGUAGUAUUACUCAUGAUAAAUAUCAAAUGACAUCAUCCUGAAAAACUAUGAAAUGUUAUGACUCAAGGAUAAUAUACUUCUUUAGUCUCACUCAUCACUUAGUUAGGAUUCUGGGGAGAAUAAAUUGUUAUAACACUUUUUUUUUGUUUAUAGACAUGGGGGAUAGUAGGGGAAUUUUAAUUACAUUUGACAGUUUGAGUGAAGAAUUCAUAUAGAUGAUACUCAUUACAUAAAAUAGUGCUAAUUCCUAUGCUAAUUUCAUUUACAUGUAUAUAUGGUAAUUGUCUAGAGUUACUAUUCUUGUUUUAUAUAUUAUAACCAUUGGAAUAUUGUCUUUCUGUAUGAAUUUACACAUAUAUGUACAUAUGUAAAUACAUUGUUUAUAUGUGUAAGAUUCCUGUGAAUAAAACAU